CUAGAUGAUAUCAUUAUAUUUAGUAAUGAUUGGCAGCGGCAUAUGCAGCAUCUUAGGGCUGUCCUGAGAUCGCUGAGGGGGGCUGGACUCACAGCCAACCCAAAGAAGUGUGCGAUUGGGCGUGUGGAAGUAAGGUAUCUGGGCUUCCACUUGGGGCAUGGACAGGUGCAUCGCCAAAUUGACAAGACAGCUGCUAUUGCGACCUGUACACGUCCGAAGACCAAAAGGGAGAUGGACGUGUCAGACAGGGGGCUGGGUGAAGUCCUGUCGCAGGAGAUAGAGGGGGAGGAACGACCGGUGCUGUACAUUAGCCGGAAGAUCUCGAAGAGAGAGGCUAAGUACAGUACCAUAGAGAAAGAGUCCCUUGCCAUCAGAUGGUCCAUCCUCACCCUCCGCUAUUCUCUCCUGGGACGGGAAUUCACCCUCUGUUCGGACCACGCUCUGCUGCAGUGGCUCCACCGCAUGAAAGAUACCAACGUGCGGAUCACUCGUUGGUAUCUGGCUCCACAGCCUUUUAAGUUAAAGGUGAUCCACAGGCUGGGUGUUCAGAUGGCUGUGGCCGACUUUCUCUCCAGAAAUGGGGGGGGGGGUGCAGUGGGAGAGAGAAUCAGGAGACGAACGGUAAAUGAGUGGUUUGGGCGGAAACGAUCAACACCUGUUUCUUGUUUCAGUAAUUGGCGUGGAGAGUAUAAAACGCCAGGAGAGGCAGAAGCAGUCGAGAGAGAGAGACAGACUGCUGACUGGAACCGGAAGGAGUUACCCGGAAGUGUUGGCUAUAGUGUGUGCACUAGUGUCAGAAUAAAAGUCACCAUUCGUGUUUGUAAAGAUUACUUUUUGUUUAUUAUUAAAAACUGGUCAGCAGUCCAUCCGACCCCUUGUCCUCUUCCUUUCCUCCUAUACAAACUUACUACAGAGGGAUAUUCCACAUAUAUGUUGCCACAUGUUCCCAAACGUGCUCCCAAAUGCACAAUAUGA